AUUUGUUUUUGUUUGGAGCAGCAGCGCAUGGAGCUGAAGAGCGACGGGAGCCCAUCGAACCCAGUGACACCGGUUAAGAUCCCAGACUGCCCAGUGCCAGCCUCUCUGUUGGAUGAGUUGUUAAAACCAUCGACUUCUGUCAACAAAGAGCCACUCAACAACCUGCACAACUGUCUACGGCACCUCAAGGAGGAGAUGGACAUUCUCCAAAAGCAGAUGGAAGAGCACACGGUGACAGUACAUGAGUCCAUGAGCUCGUGGACAAACGCAGAGGAGGCUCAACUGGAGCUGGAAAACAACGUCUCCAAAUCACCAACGCCGUUAAACAACAUGCUGGUGGACAAUAACAAUGAAGCAGAGCCGCAGCAGUGAUGACAGAAGAACUUUUCUCAGGCCAUUAGAGGGAAGCGUGGAGUUUUAUCCACAAAGGCACUUUUGAAGGUUCUCUUUUCUUAACAAUUGCUGCCAACAUUUGGCGUUCUCCCAUCAGCACAGAAGUGCUCUCGCAAAGUAAUACUUCAUCUACCAUAGCUUUUAUUCUUUCCUCUUUAUUUGACAGUUGUUAUUAUAUUUUUUAUGCUUAUUGUUACAUUUAUUUAUUUCGAGUAAAGAGAAAUUAUCUGACAGCCUCCCCGAGAGGAUCAUUUAUCUUCAGUUUUGUUAUGGUAGAUACCAAAAUGGUCUAGUAAAGACUGUUAAAGUAAUAAUCGCUUGGGCUAGUUCUUCCCCGUGAGUCCACUUAACGGUAUUUAGUCAUCCUCCUCCUGGUAAUAUUACAUCAGUGGCUUUGAAUGCUGCUUAAUGACGGCUGACAUUAUUUGAAAAAGUGUUUUUGGUGAAAGAAACAACCCGUGAGUCUGUCUCCUGAUUGGCUGUGAACUGUUCUUCCAUUUCUUUGUGCCUGUGUGAGUGAAGUCGGUCAUCUAUGAUUUAACUGACACGGUUAAACAUCACAAAGUCAUGCAAAACUGUGGUUUCUUAUUUUGUAUUUCCGCUUGUUCUAAUGCAGUGUUUCUCAUACAUUUGUUGUUACCAUAUCACCAUGGGUUCUUCAACUCUAAAACCAUUGAUCUCAGUUAUAUAUGGGGGUGUUUUGUCUAGCAUGGACUGCAGUCAUUUGUACGCAAAAAAAAGCCUUAAGCGAUCUGUAAUAUGCUGUAAAGGACUAAGUGGGUUUGACUGAGCAUAAGACUGCUGAGGGUGUGUGCAAGAUGUAAUAUGUUAACGUGUAUAUGUGUUCAAACCCCUUACUGAAGAAUUGUAAAAUAAGUUCAAAUGAUCUCAAACAACUGACGUGGAGAGAAAGUUGCACGACGAAGCAGAAACGCUACUCCUAACAGGUGCAAUCAGACGUGUUCAUUUUCUGUUACAUUUGGUACAUAAUGUAUUUACAAAAAAGAAAAGACAACCCCUUAAUCGGAUGUUAUACUUGUUGUAUGGGUAUUUGGGCUAAGUUAAUUGUUUCCAGAGGUUAAUAUAUGAAUACAUUCUUCUUUUUUGUAUGAUUGUAAAUCCAUAAUUGUUUAAUAGUGUAACUAAGAUGACAUAUAAAAUGCAAAACUGUACAGCUGCACUAUUAUGUGAAUGCAGAGAGGCCAUUGGAUGGUACACAAGCUUUCUGCAUGCAACUGUGCUGCAGCUGCUCAUUCCCACACUUAAAACACUUUUUUUUUUUUACCACCAUUGUAUGCUUAUACAUUUCCAAAAGGGACAAUAAAUAUGUUAAGAGAAUGCUUACUAAGGCAACUUAUAUAUCUUGGAAAAACUGUGUUCUGAAAAAAGAUUGGACUCUAUCUUCCAGACUACCUUUCACUGUAACGUUGGGUAGUGUGUAAUAACACCUGCGCUCAUGCUGCUGUAUUUGCUUUUUUUUUUUCUUUAAAGAUUGGAAUUUAUUCAUUCCUUUUUAACAUGUGUGUUGGGAGAUGUGAUUGUAUUUAUCAUAAAAUUGCACUAUUCAUCCUU